UUGCCCAAAUGGGGCGCUGCCCUGGGUACAGUCCCAUCACAGGAUCCAGCUGGUCCUGAAGUUGCGGCAGUUUCCAGCAGAGAAGACAGCCAGCAUCACAGGGACCUGCCAUCAGCCAUGGGGAAGCAAGAUGUGGUCAAGGAGGAGCUGGGCAUGCUGCAUGGUAUCCCUCUCUACAAGUCCUUCAUUGAGGGCUGGCCACAGGUGAAGGCUUUCCAAGCCCGGCCAGAUGACCUGCUCAUCUCCACCUACCCUAAAUCAGGCACAACAUGGCUGAGCGAGAUCCUGGACAUGAUCUACCAUGACGGUGAUGUGGAGAAGUGCCGACGGGAUGCCAUCUACAAUCGGGUGCCUUUCCUGGAACUGAAGGCUCCUGGGGUACCAAGUGGUGUUGAGCUGCUGGAGAAAACCCCAUCCCCACGGCUAGUGAAGACUCAUCUCCCAGUCCAGCUCCUCCCAACCUCUUUCUGGGACAAGGACUGCAAGAUUAUCUACGUGGCCCGUAAUCCCAAGGAUGUUGUAAUAUCCUACUACUACUUCUACCAGAUGGCCAAGAUGCACCCCGACCCUGGCACUUUGUGCGAGUUCCUGGAGACCUUCAUGGCUGGCAAAGUGGCCUAUGGGUCUUGGUAUGAGCACGUGCAGGGCUGGUGGAAGAAGAAGCAGGAGAAGAAGCUCCUCUACCUCUUCUAUGAGGACAUGAAGAAGGACCCACGGCAGGAGGUGCAGAAGAUCCUGCAGUUCCUGGGCAAGGAGGUGGCAGAGGAGACAGUGGCGAGGAUCCUCCAUCACACCUCCUUCCAGGAGAUGAAGAAGAACCCUGCUGCCAACUAUGAGACCAUGCCCACCACCCUGAUGGAUCACAACCUCUCCCCAUUCCUCCGAAAAGGGAUCUCUGGGGACUGGAAGAACCACUUCACUGUGGCCCAGAAUGAGCUCUUUGACCAGCACUACCGGGAGCACAUGGCAGGCUCUGACCUCCACUUCCAGAUGUAGGCGUAAGGGUCUCAUCCCUCUUCCUGAUGGAGUUCUACUUCUCUCCACACCCCUAGCAGAGAGGAUGGGUCUGGACAGAACAUCCCCACACUGGUUUUCUUUCCCCCUUGCAAUAAAUUGA